UUUUGAGAGACCCUGCAGGUUUGAGGGGGAGCGGGCUUCCACUGUUACCACAAAGAGAAAGUGAGACAUAGAAGUAAUGACAGAAGUUACAACUUAGAUGAGAGCAGCUGCAAAGGAGGAAGGAUAUCAGGGGGGAAGUAAGAAAAAAAAGAAACAUUAUGAGAUAGAAAUACUACAAGAAGAAAGAGAAAAGUGAUUUCCCAGAGUGCCUCAGUGGACCCUGUAAACAGACAUGAAUAAUCGCUCCAUAGCCUGGUGGCUGAGACAGAUUGGCCUGUCUCAGUACACCAAGACACUAGAGAGUGAAUAUUACGGUCUGGAGGGUUUAUUGAACGUAACAGAUGUAGAGCUAAGGGAUUCUGGGAUAGAGGAUGCCACACACAGAGAAAUAAUCCUCAGUCAGCUCUCGAGGCAUCGACUGAAACUGGACUCACACUCUGGUGUGCCAAUGGAGCGCAGGGUAAGCCGAAAGUACUCACUGGGAUCGUCUAUGGAUCUGGUGAGACCACAAAGUUGCCACUACACAGCAAAUUUAUCAUCGCCCAAAACAUUACGCGUCCCCUCAGAACAAAUGAUGCACACUGACGUGGGUCUCUACCAUUUCCUGCAGGUGAAGUCGAGGAAGGAUCUGUUUCGUCAGAGUGUUUUGCCCCGUCUUCAGCGUGCUGAUAAAAAACACCGCCUCUCGGCCUCCUGCUCCCAGCUCCGCCCCCUGAAUGAGGACAACACAAUCAGUGAGACACAGGACUGUAAGGACACCAAGCAAAGCAAGAGGAGGAGUGUCAGUGCAUACUUUAGCCAGCUGAAGGUGUUUGGUGGUCGGAGAGAGAUGGAGUCGUUGAAGAAAGAGCUGGAGGAGGAGCUGAAGCUCAGCACUAACGACCCGAGAAGCCAUGCAUGGUACCACGGACCGCUGAGCCGAGAGGCUGCAGAGACUCUGUUUCGGAGGGACGGAGACUUCCUGGUCCGAGAUUCAAGCUCUGCACCUGGUGACUACGUCUUGAGCUGCUUUUGGAAGAACGGGCCUAUGCACUUUAAGAUCAUACGAGUGAUCCUACGUCCCAAAAAGGGCUACUCUCGGGAGCUGUUCCAGUUUGAGGAGGAUCGCUUUGACAGUGUCCCUGCUCUGAUCCGAUUCUACGUGGGCGGGCGUCGGCCCAUCUCCCAGGCCUCAGGUGCUGUGAUCUUUCACCCGAUCACACGGACCCUUCCUCUGCGUGUCAUCACCGAGCGACACGUGGAGCCCAGCAGCGAUAACAGUUUAAGAGCAGGGGGAGAAAAACACACUGAAUCCAACAAAAGACGCAGCUUCAGCUCCACACAUGCUGACUCACUGCAGUUCAUCAAUCCACUGCUGAGGAGUGGAAGUCAGCCUGCUAACUUGGAAAACUUGGGAAGGAGGCCUUCACUUCAGUCUGCACAAUCAGACAGCAACCUACGAACUGGUGUUCCACAGAGCUCACAGUCAGAGGACACUGGCCCCGCUCCCAUCUCACCUGUGUUUCGCACAGGCAGUGAACCCCUGCUGAGCCCACGACCACGACACACACGCCCCUCCCAUCCAGGUGGUGGUGUAACUUUGCGAGGUUCAGAUGGACAGCUGCACCCCAGAGCUCCUCCUAAACCUCUCAGGGUCUCUGCUAUCUUCGCCAACUCCGUCCCUCCUCCCCCCAGAGACCGGGACUAUGACCCAUCCUCUUUCUACGAUGAGCUGGUCGUCCAGGUUCCACAGUCCAGGCAUAAAGGUCACGUGGACCGACUACGCGCAGAGGAGAAGUGGCAGAGCCGCGCUCGCCUCACAGAGACUUCCUUUGGAUUUCUGGAGGCAGAAAAGAGCAAAGCAUCAUCAGAGCUACCGUUGCUGCCUAUAAAGAAGUCGGCACAGGAAGCGGAAGACUGGCAUUUUGAAAAACCACAAGUGGAGUCGGAGUCGUGUUUCAAAUUGGAUCAGUUUGAGUCGCUGCUCUUGCCAGAGAACAACCGACCUCUAGACCCCAGCGUCCUGCUGACACUCAAAGAGAUCUUCAACAGAUCAAACGCCAACACUACUGCUCUGCACAUGCUCAGUGUAGACUGCCAGGUAGCGCGGAUCGUUGGGGUGACUGAUGAGCAGAAGAGGAUGAUGGGAGUUGGAUCCGGGUUGGAGCUUGUCACUUUGCCACACGGAAGCCAGUUACGACAAGAUUUGUUAGAAAGGCAUCAUCUAAUCUCACUGGGAAUCGCAGUGGACAUCCUGGGCUGCACAGGGACUGUGAGCCAGAGGGCAGCUGUUUUACAUAAACUAAUCUCAUUGGCUCAGGCCCUGAAAGAACAUGCCUGCAACCUCUACUCCUUCUCAGCCGUGAUGAAGGCGCUGGAGAUGCCUCAGAUAAUGCGACUGGAGAUGACGUGGCGAGCGCUGAGGAGGAACCACACAGAGACGGCGGUUUUAUUCGAGAAGAAACUCAAACCCUUCAUGAACAUGCUGAACGAGGGAGAUGACUCUGCAGUCCAGGGUCCCAUCGCUGUGCCACACUUGGUCCCUCUGCUGAUGGCAAUGGAGGGUGAGGACCUGGUGGAGGACAGUGAGCGAGGCUGUCAGCUUCUUUACGACGUCCUCCAAUCAGCUCGCAGCGCUGCGCUGCAUGCACAAGACUAUCAGCAGCACGCACACUCUCUGCUCACAGGAGGAUGGGAGCCGAUCCCCGAGCUGCUUGAAGCUUGCCGGACAGAGUUCGCCUUGCGGCUGCUCUGGGGUCAGUUGGGGGCAACGGCUGACAGAGAGGAACGCUACGAGAAGUUUGACAAGAUCCUCUGUGUGCUCUCAGAUAAACUGGAACCCGUGGAGCUCACCCCACAACAAGCUGACCCUCUAACCUGAGCCCUGGGGCCUGUUUCACUAAGUGGAAGGUGAAAACAGCAUUUCCUUCACUAGAGGAAAAUAAAAAGGCAGGGAUGAAAGGGAAAUGUUUUUAUUUGAGCAUGGGGGUGUUGCAGUAGCCAAGGAAGAUAUCUCACCCCCGAAAUCACAAAGAAAAGUUCUUUUUGAGAUGUGAGAGACUGUCAAACUUGUCAAGUGACAACCUAACUUAUAAAAGAAUGAGUUAUAUCAGUGGGCGUUGGGAGGUCCUUUACUGUGGAAAAAGGGCUGCGUUGGAUUAAUUUUCCUUUUUCAGGAAAUCUGAAAUUGUUUACCCAAAAAACUAGCAUCCGUUUACUUCUUCAAAUGUGCAUUUCUGAUACUCAGACACUGUUUUUUCAAUCCAUGCCACUUGUUUGCUACUUGAGAUUCCAAAGAACCAACAUGAACACUAUUAAAACUGAGCUAGCUCCCUUUGUACAUAAACUGCUGCUGUACGGGACCACACUGGAAACUGUAUAUUUCAUUUCAGUGUUUCUAAUGCAAUAAAUGUGUUUGUUUGUUUUUUUUCUGAUGGUUUUUGCAUGUUCUAUUUCUCAUAAAUGAUACUGUAAAGAAACAAAAAAGACAAAUGCUUUUUUCUUUUAAUUUUAUGACUAAAACGAUACAUGUAAAUACAUACAUUUCCGUUUUUUUUUUUUUUCUUUAAAAUGGAUCAUAUAAUAAUACCCCUUAAAUGUUGAGCAAACAUCUACUAGUGCAGGACAGAGUGGUACAGAGCGAGAUGGGUAAACCUUAUGUGGCUCAAUAAGAAAAAGAUUUUAAAGUCCCCCCUCAAAAAAAAAAAA